AUGAACGUUUCAGAAUUAACUGUCGAUUUCGAUAAGAUCAUCGACGAUAAAAUAACUUCGUUUAGCAAUGAAGGACAUAAAUGUAAACCAGCGUUAGUAGAUUACAUUAUAGAUGUUGCAAACAGAGAUUUGAGUCUGACUUUAUUACGACCGCUGAAGCACGAAAUCCGUAAACAAUUUGUCGAAACUCAUGAUACUAAUUACGAAAAUUCUUUAAAUAAUUUUGGUUAUGAGUUUUCCGUCGCAAGUGCCAAAUUAAACGGUACUCAGAAAGUCUUUGUUGAUUAUAAAUGCAAAGAUGAAGAAAAUCUGCAGAGAUUUAAAAAUAAUGCAUCAAAUUUUGAAUUGCCGGAAACGUCGUUUUUGGUGGCCAUCUUUGAAAGUCGGUCGAAUACAACUGCGCAUACAUGCGCUGGUACUUUGCUGUCGCCAAAUUGGGUUUUGACUUCCGCAAGCUGCAUCGAUGUUUUGGGUUACUUAGAAAAUGGAACAGUUUCCACUAAUCAGAGCGUGUACACCAUCAUCGCCGGAGCUAUUAACCCCAUGAUUGAUGGUUCUGCUCAUAACGUCACCCGAGUUCUUCUCCAUCAUGGUCUUCAUGUUCGAAUCGCAAACAACUCGUCGAAAACAUCUAAAAACCGUAAUUCUGGAUUAGCAAUGUUGAGAAUUAAUCCUGCAGCAGCAUUAACGGGGCUAGAAAUCUUUCCUAGCUGGGGCGGUGGCGUUGUGGCUACCAUAGGUAGACAACCACGACUCCUGGCGGUGACACACGCGGGGGAACAGGCCGUGUCCGCGACUGAUGUGUACGCGCACGCCGCAUGGAUACAAGCUGUACUCACUGAUAACGCACUCUGA